AGAGCAAGUUAGGUGAAGGUUGCUCUAGUAAUGCUCACUGUGACAGUGUAACAAAUGCUGUAUGUAAUGAGAAUGUUUGUGUGUGUAACAGUGGUUAUUAUGAUACACAGACUGGUAUUGGAGGAUCCUGUCAAAAGAGCCAGUUAGGUGAAGGGUGCUCUAUUAAUGCUCACUGUAACACUGUAACAAAUGCUGUAUGUAAUGGGAAUGUUUGUGUGUGUAACAAUGGUUACUAUGAUACACAGACUGGUAUUGGAGGAUCUUGUCAAAAGAGCAAGUUAGGUGAAGGUUGCUCUAGUAAUGCUCAUUGUGACACUGUAACAAAUGCUGUAUGUAAUGAGAAUGUUUGUGUGUGUAACAAUGGUUAUUAUGAUACACAGACUGGUAUUGGAGGAUCCUGUCAAAAGAGCCAGUUAGGUGAAGGGUGCUCUAUUAAUGCUCACUGUAACACUGUAACAAAUGCUGUAUGUAAUGGGAAUGUUUGUGUGUGUAACAAUGGUUACUAUGAUACACAGACUGGUAUUGGAGGAUCUUGUCAAAAGAGCAAGUUAGGUGAAGGUUGCUCUAGUAAUGCUCAUUGUGACACUGUAACAAAUGCUGUAUGUAAUGAGAAUGUUUGUGUGUGUAACAGUGGUUAUUAUGAUACACAGACUGGUAUUGGAGGAUCCUGUCAAAAGAGCCAGUUAGGUGAAGGGUGCUCUAUUAAUGCUCACUGUAACACUGUAACAAAUGCUGUAUGUAAUGGGAAUGUUUGUGUGUGUAACAAUGGUUACUAUGAUACACAGACUGGUAUUGGAGGAUCUUGUCAAAGUAAGUUUUUAGGCUUACUUAGCAAUGUAUAGCUGUCUUUACUGUGCUCAUUGCUUCU